AGUCUUUUAUUUUGAAUUCUACCGUCUUUGUUUUUCUUUCCGAGUCUUUCUUCCUCUCCUCGAGUCUCUCCGUCUUUUCCUGAAAUCCUGUAAUCGUGCUUAGCUUCUUAAGAGCUAGCAAUGGACUUUGUGAGCCCAAUCUUAGAUGUUACAUGCCGAUUAUGUGGUUGCAUCGGAAACACUACCAACUAUAUUCGUCAUCUCCAACAUAAUCUCAACUCUUUGAGUUCUGAAAUGCAGACAUUGAGAGCGCAAAGAAACGAUGUGAAUAUUAAAAUUGAAGCUGCUGAGGGCCCACUUAUGAAGCGCACGGAACAAAUUGUUGACUGGCUUGGAAGAGUAGAAGAACUGGAGAGGGAAGUGGAAGUGCUUCUCCAACUUGGUGCUCAAGAGAUUCAGAAAAAGUGUCUCAGAAUUUGUCCCAGAAAUUGUCUUUCUAGCCAUAAACUCGGCAAGAAAGUAUGUCAAAAAUUACAAGCUGUGUCUGAUAUGAAGAGUGAAGGUAAUAACAUCCCUGUGGUUGUAACAUUGCCCCGGGCUCGUGCCGAAGAAAUGCCUCUCGAGACGACUGUGGGCUUGGAUUCAAAUGUUGACAAGGUCUUGAAUUUCCUUAGAGAUGAUGGUGUGGGAAUCAUCGGAAUAUAUGGAAUGGGGGGUGUUGGAAAGACAACCCUCUUGAAGAAACUCAACAAUGAACUUGCAACUCAGUUGAGUACAGGAGAGUUCGAUGAGGUAAUAUGGAUUGUGGUGUCUAAAGAUCUUGUUGUGGAAAAGGUUCAAGAUGAAAUUGGGGAGAAGCUAGGAUUUCCAGACGAGACAUGGAGCAAUAAAAGCCAACAUCAGAAAAGGGAAGCCAUCUUUAGGGUCUUGAAGCAGAAGAAAUUUGUGCUGCUGUUGGAUGACAUAUGGGAGCGACUUGAUCUUCUUCAAGUGGGAGUUCCGCUUCCAAACAGUGAAAAUAAGGCCAAGGUAGUGUUCACGACCCGAUCUGAACAAUUGUGCGGCCUUAUGGAAGUGCAAAAGAAGAUUAAAGUUGAAUGCUUGAUGUGGCAAAAAGCCUGGGAUUUGUUUCAAAGAAAGGUGGGAGAAGAGACCCUCAAUUCACAUCCAGCCAUACGACAACUAGCCGAAGUCGUUUGCAAAGAAUGUGCUGGUUUGCCACUUGCGCUGAUUACAAUUGGACGAGCCAUGUCUACCAAGAAAACUCCCCAAGAAUGGAAUUAUGCAAUAAGCGUGUUGAAGAAGUCUACUUCCCAAUUUUCAGGUAUGGGAGACAAAGUACUUCCUCUUUUAAAGUUCAGUUAUGACAGCUUAUGUGAUGAAACAAUUAGGACUUGCUUCCUAUAUUGUUCUUUUCUCCCUGAAGAUGUGAGUAUUACAAAAGUUUUUAUCAUAACGAGUUGGAUAGGAGAGGGACUUUUGGAUGAAUGUGAUAACAUUGAUGAGGCUUUCUCCCUGGGUCAUGAUAUUAUAGGGAGGUUGAAGCUUGCUUGUUUGUUGGAAUGCUCUAAAAAAGGAAGUAACGAUUUCAAAAUGCAUGACGUGAUUCGGGACAUGGCAUUGUGGAUUCUUUUAGAGAGUGGGAGGAAGUACUUGGUGCAAGCAGGUCUUAAGUUGUCGGUGACACCGGCUCUUUCUAAAUGGGAGGAGACUGAAAAGAUAUCGUUGAUGGAAAAUUGUAUUGAAGAAUUAAGCGGAACUCCGAGAUGCCCCAAUCUGUUGACUUUAAAUAUUCGUCGCAAUCCUUUGAGAACCAUUUCCAAUAACUUCUUCCAAUUUAUGCCUGCUCUCAAAGUUUUAGACCUUUCACUAAACAAAUAUUUAACAAAUUUGCCAGCAAGCUUGUUUCUGUUGUUUUCUUUGCAACAUCUUGACCUAUCGGGGACAAGCAUAAGGGAAUUGCCAAUCGAGUUUAAGUCAUUGGCAAAGUUGAAGUAUUUGUUUAUGAAAUUUAUGAGAAAACUUGAAAUUAUCCCACCACAAGUUAUAUCAAAUCUUUCGAUGCUGCAAAUAUUGGAGAUGAAUGGUAGUGGUGUUUCAAAGAGAACUGGCGAAGGUAGCAUUUUGAUUGGUGGACAUGAAUUGUUAUUGGAUGAAUUAGAAUGCUUGAAUCACUUGCAAUAUUUAUCGUUGACGGUAAAAAGUGAGGCAGCACUCCAAAAAUUAUCAAGUUCACACAAGUUACGAAGUUGCACAUUUCAUCUAGACAUCGAACAAUACAGAGGAGGUUCGACUUCACUACAAAUGUCUUCUCUAGAGAAGAACAUGAAGAGACUAGAAACCCUUGAAAUUAGAAAUUGUGAUGGUUUAGAGGAGUUGUUAAUGGAUUGGAUCGUUCCAAAUUUAUCGGAUGUGGCAGAUGGGACGUCAAUGGAUUGGAUGAGCAGCUGGGAAGAUGAAGAGAGAGAGAGAGCAGUCAUACCAUACAAAGACAGUCCUCCUAACAGAAGCUUCCAUAGCCUUGAGACGGUCUAUAUUUGGAGGUGCAAGGUUUUGAAGGAUCUAACAUGGCUAAUUAGCGCGCCAAACCUUCAUUUUGUAAGCAUUUAUUACUGUGAUGCAAUGGAAGAGGUGAUUAAAGAUAUGGGUUGCAGCAGUAGUAGCGAAAUUAGCAGGGAAGGAAGUUUGAGCGGAUUCUCAAAGCUACAAAGACUGUACCUGGACACACUACCAAAGUUGAAGAGCAUCUACACUCAUCCAUUGCCAUUCCCCUCUCUCACCACAAUUCGUGUGCGCAACUGUCCCAAGCUUGACAAACUUCCAUUUGAUUCCAACACCGCCAAACACACACUACAAUCAAUUCAAUGUCACAGAGAAUGGUGGGAUAAGUUGGAAUGGUAUAAUGAAGAAACUCGCUCUGUUUUUGUUCCUCUUUUCAAAUGCGUCUCAGAUUGAUGCAUGUCUCCUUAUUUUGAACCAGAGUUGCCUUCUAUAUGUAUAUCUCACAGGUACACAUCGAGUUUGAACUUGAAGAUAACAUGUAAUAGUACUAUAGAGAUAUUUAGUCUUAUUAUGGUAUUUUAGUUUUAUUUGUUACUUGUGUGAUCAUGUGAUCAUGAUAGCCAUGUGAUGGAGAUGGGAUUCUUUAUUGUUGAUUUAAAUUUUAUUAAAAUGGAUGAUAUUUUAGUUGGUGAUAUAUUUUAUUUAAUAGCGGUUGAUGAGUUAUGAUUGUUGAAGUGAAGUCAUUCACUAAUUUUAAGUAUAAAUUAGAUGUUAUUGUAUUUAAAUUCGAAAGUGUGACAUGGCCCUCUUUAUAGGUUAAAAAUUUAAGAUGAUUUAAGGAACAACUUCUAAUUUGCAUAUGACCGAUUUCAAAUUAGUUUGCACUUUGUAAUUAACUGAAGUGGCCAACAUUUAUACAUGAAUUAUGAGAAAUGGCAAAAAAUAUUUUUAUUAUUAAUUAUUUUAAUGUAUAAAUUUUUAGUUUUUUUUAAUCAAUUUUUAAUGUAUAAAUGAUAUUUUUCGAAUCCUACACUGAAAUAUAUAUAUAUAUAUAUAUAUAUAUAUAUAUAUAUAUAUAUAUAUAUAUCCUAUAUUUUAUUUAUUUAUUUAGAUAGAGACCAGACAGACCCACUUAAAAAAAAAUAAAAAAAAAAAAAAAAAAAAA